AUGUGUGCGUACUCGUCCGAAGACGACCUUCCAGACCUCCACGCCAUCUUCGCGCCCAAGCCGUUAAUGGCCACCGGCACACAUACUACCCUGCGACGAUCCCCGCGCAAGAAGCCCGUAGUCAACGAGUCGACAUCGCCUCAGAAAAGGCAACGAGAUGUGUCGAGCCCAACCAAGAGAAUGGAACAUAAUGGUUGCCACCUGCCAGUGAAGAGUCGUUGUCGCAAAGAAGCCACGAAGCCAGAAAAAACAAACCGGGCCCUGCUCAAAGAUAUCCCGCUUCUUCCUCGAAAUCUGACUCUUGCCGAGACCCAUGUCACUUCCAACAACCGCCGCGCUGAAGCGAGUCCCCAAAGAAGCCUCAGAUUGGCCCACGUCGACUCACUGCUGAUUCCGCUGAAGUUGCUAGCUGUGGAAGACGGUGGGCCGUCAGCUGCAUUUGCAGAUUCAUCGAAGAAUGCGGGUGGUCCCGUGAUGCUUGGACAGGCUGAGAAGCCAGUCAAGUUUCAAAUGCGAGAGAAAAGAACGAGGUCAAGGAAGGACGACAUCCAGGAAAAGAAGCCGGCGACCAACCGGACAUGCAGAUUCGUCUUGAAAGAGGCCCGAUGCAACGAUGAUGACGAGGAAUCAGGCAGGGAUGACGAAGAGGAGGAUGAAGACACAGAUCUGAGCGGCUUUAUUGUUGAUGACGACGCGGAGCUGAGCUACUAUGACUCUUCAGCGUCAAAUUCGGAGGAUGAUGAUUAUACAAGACCGACAAUGAAAGUCCCACAAACGCGUCCUCGAAGAAGGCUGCACCGUGGAUCGCCAACUCGGCGGCGCCUUAGCUUUGGUGACCGUGAAGGCUCAGAUAAGGAGAACCAUUCAGCAGAGACACUAUCAAACGCACUGAGAGAUAUUGCUCUUGGGGAAAGGGACUCCAGAACUAAGACAGAGAUUCAAGUCAUCGACCUAACCUCGUCCCCGACCAUUUCUCCAGAGACCAAACUUAACACCCGACCUGAUUUACCCUCACCUCAGGCUCACCAUGCUCUCCCAUCGAGGGAGCUUUUCCAAGACUCGAAUCCUUUCAACGACUUCAACCCUCAUUGCCAGCUCCCUCCGCCUGCUCCAGUGCCUGCCCUGAUGAUUCCUGCAAAGAAUCAGCUCGUCGACCGUGACUCGGACGACGGCUCUGGAGACCUGCAAGAAGGACCUGUCAAAAAAUCCCAUGACAACUUCGAGACACCGCCUGCCACACCACCUCGAUCUCCUUCGAAACUCAAGUCGCCCUCAAAGUUACUGUCCCCUUCCAAGCGACAGGUCAUCCCACAGUCACCGCACCGCCAGAGUAUGGACGCGUUCUGGGAUCAUAAUGUGAUCAACGAGUGGAAUGACGAAUACUCUCCCAAGAAAGCACCGGCGACGUCUCCAAGAAAAGGUAUCCUUGGUCGAUUUCAACUGUGGUCGGACUCGGAGGAUGAGGAGCAGGACAAGUCUUUUGGCAGUUCCGACUCACUUCCCAGUCCUUGCUUAUCGCCACGCAAGUCAAAAUCACCGACCAAAAGUCCAGAGAAGGAAGAAAAGAAACGCUUAGCAGAAGAGAAACGGGCUGCUGCAGCACGGAAGAAGGCCUUCGACUCUCAGAAGCAACAACUUGCACGGGACUUGUUACAAGAGCUCGAUGAAAAGGUCGCCGACUCCCAACUCCACCGCUUAUCGUCCAGCACGGGUGGUGUACGUAUCAUCUGGUCCAAGACCCUGCGUUCAACAGCUGGCCGAGCAAACUGGAAAAAAACCAUCACAAAGCCGUCCGGUUCGCCCGUGAAAGGCUAUAGUAUGAACGAGCCGAGUGGGCCGGGAGUGAACGUGCAACAUUUUGCGUCGAUCGAACUCGCCGAGAAGAUUAUUGACUGCGAAGACCGUCUGGUCAACACUCUCGCGCACGAGUUCUGCCAUCUGACGAACUUCAUGAUCAGCAACGUGCGCGAUCAACCCCAUGGUACAAGCUUCAAGGAGUGGGCCACGAAAGUCACGUCGCAUUUGCGGUCGACUGAUGUUGAAUCCUGGAAGAAUGUGCAGGUCACCACCAAACACAACUAUGCGAUCAAUCACAAAUAUCUUUGGAUUUGCGUCGGUCGCAAGGAGAAGACUGCGGCGAUGGACUUUCUCAACUUGGACCAGGACGAGGGAUGUGGAGCGGAGUACGGGCGACACAGUAAGAGUGUUGAUGUCGAGAAACACCGUUGUGGGAAUUGUAAAGGGAGACUGGUACAAGUCAGACCGAAGCCCAGAGCGAGUCCGAUCAAAAAAGAAACAAAGGCAAGAGGCGGGCUGGGCUUGAAGAGGGAAGGGAGUGCAGAGAGCACAGUCUCGAGCAGCAGCGGAAGUGGUCCACUGGGCAGGAUGAUUGAGACGAUUGAGCUGAGCGAGUGA